AUGGCAACUAAUUUUUACUCCCAAUCAAAGCAAAUAUCACACCAGUCCAAUCGGUCGCGAGAUUCAACUUGGUCGGUCUUUGCCAGAAAUAUUUCUUACGGGACCAAUGAACAGGAGCUUCGUUCAUUCUUUGACAAAACAUGCGGUCAUGUCACCACAGUUCGUAUUAUUUGUAAUAAUCAAACGGGUCAAAGUCGCGGUUUCGGUUUUGUACAAUUCAAUACUUUGGUAGCGUACGAGAUUGCGUUGACACUCAGUGGAAGUUCAUUGAAUGGACGAAAAUUGAAAAUUUCACCAAAUGAAUCCAAAACUACAUUUCCCUCAACUACAAUUUCUACUGCUACUACUACUGCUACAGUGGAAUCAGUUGAUUCUACUUUGAAAAGUGAACAAAAAACGUGUGUCGUACAUUGUAAAAAGUCGAACUACGACGCGUAUAUUGGCCGACCAUCAAUUUGGGGUAAUCCUUUUGUUAUCGGUAGAGAUGGAGAUAAAGCAGAUCGCAUUCGAAAAUAUCGUGCUUGGAUCAUGAGUCAGCCUGAACUAUUGGCUCGUGCAAAAAUCGAACUUCGAGGUCGUACCAUUGCCUGCUGGUGUAAACCGGAAGCAUGUCAUGGUGAUAUUUUGGCCGAAAUAGCCGAUGCCGAUUAA